AAAGAGAAACACAUCGGAGACCCUACUCACUUUGAUGGGAAUCGAAAGGACGCAAUCAGAUGGUUCAUCUCCGUCAGAGUAUAUUUAGAAGAAAAUCACGAAAUAUACGACACGGACGAAUCAUGGGUUAAGUUUGCUACUCAAAGGAUGACCAAAGGCACGGCACGAGAAUGGGUAGAUUCUUUUUACCAGAAAGUCAUGGCAAAAGAAUACCAGAAUAGACGACUAGGAAGUACAGAAAGUGCCUGGGGAACAUGGAACGAAUUUGGUGACCAAUUUUGGUUAUCAUUCCAACCCCUAGACCAGGAAAACUCGGCCAUCUCGGAAAUGCAAACCUUAACUCAGAAGAAGUGCCGAACUUUGGAUGAUUAUAUCCAGAAGUUCCAAUCAGCAUUCAUGCGGUCCAAAUUACCCGAUGGAAAGACAAUUGUUCAGAUGUUUAUGAGAGGUUUAGAUCAAGAUCUCACGUUAUCAAUUAUUAACCGAGGAAAACCUCCGGAAACAUUAGCCGAUUGGAUACCCGAAGUAACGGAAGCCUAUAACUGGCGAAGACAAUACUCGGUAGCCUUAGGACACAAAUUACCGGAAGCAUCACUCUAUAAAAAUCAAACAUCCCACUCACAUAAUCAUGGCGGAAAUAGGUCUCAUCAGCGAGAUCCCAAUGCCAUGGAUGUAGAUGCAAUUGAUUUCCAAAAACGCAAGGAAUACAGGAAACAAGGGAAGUGCUAUUUAUGUCACAAAACGGGACAU